AUGUCGGAGAUACGACAACGAGAGCUUAGAACGCUCUUUCUCCAUGUAAAAGAUACUUUGGUGGAGAUUAUUUUAGCAAUUUCAGCCAUGAAUAAUCACAUGAGAAAGAUCCUAUUAGCUUGCUAUCCAUUUUCAGCUACAGAUUUUACUUGUAAGAAAACUUUAAAGCUUCUUUUAACUUUUCUUUUCCAUAAUAGGUUUAGAUAUGUAUGUUGUGUAUUGAAGCUGGCGGGGAAUCGAAAAGCAAGUAAAGCAAGUAAAUUGAGGGGAGAAAACGAUACGAGCGAUACUAACUAA